AUGUGCCAUUUUUCGCCUUCCCCCAUUCCUUUUCUUAAACUCACCCAAGUGCUUGACUUUGAACCCUAUGCUGUGCUUUUGAUGAGCCUUUUCUCGGAGUACUUCAAGCUACAAUCACAGUACUUGGAGUCCCGAUUAAAGGAAUUGUUGAAGGCUGCCGAGGUACUUUCUCAAGAGGACAAAAAGAUUGUUCUCAAGGUUCAGAAACUCUGGUUAGACUCAAAGCGCAAUCUAUCCUGGGAGGUGGAACAAUUCAAUCAGUUGGCAACGCUUUUGAAGGAUGCUGAGGCCGCAUUUUCCAAAUAUGAGGUGAUUAUUUCUGAACAGUGUUUAAAUUUUUCAAUAUUAAUGGGAAGUUUUAAAUAA